AUGGCCGCGUGUAUCUUCUGCAGGAUCAUCAAGGGGGAAAUUCCUUCGUUCAAGCUCUACGACUCCCCCAAGGUCUAUGCCUUUCUCGACAUCCAACCCUUAAGUAAAGGACAUGCCCUGGUUAUCCCCAAAACACAUGGGGAGAAGCUAGUUGAUGUGCCAGAUGAUGAAUUGGCAGAGAUGUUGCCGGUCGCGAAGAAGCUAGCAUUGGCAGUCGGCGUCAAGGACUUCAAUAUCCUUCAGAACAACGGAAGGAUCGCUCACCAAGAAGUUGAUCAUGUACAUGUGCACAUGGUGAAGCUCCAAUACACCUCGAAUUAUUUUGACGUUCCUGCACUGACUAUUCUGACAAAGAUCCCAAAACCAAAUGAGACCGAAGGGCUGAGCGUCGGGUGGCCUGCCCAAAAAACGAAUAUGGAAGAAUUGAAGGCUUACUACGAAGAACUAAAGUCAAAAAUGUGA